AUUCAUCAUGAAUCAAAGUCAUUCCCCUGUUCUACGUCCACUUUCAAAUAUAUCCAAUAGAAAACUUACAUCAACUAAUCUCUAAACUAAGCAACAUCAAAAUUUCUCUAAAUCUUUUACUUCUAAUUCAGUCAUAUUUCCCUAAUAAUUUGAGUAUGCCAAAUCAACAAUUUAAGAAAUCAAAACUAUUUAAAACAAUAUUAUUUCUCCAAAAAGCAGCAUUACUUCAUAUAAUUCUUCUAGCAGUCUUAGUUCAACUAUUGAUGAUAUUAGCAAUAAAAAAGCAUUUAUGAAGAGAUUAAAUAAUGAAUAAAAAACCAAAUUUUUACUCUUUAAAAUACUUGUCAUUUUAACUAUAAUUGCUGUUGCCCUUUUGCUCUACUAAAUGUAAGCAAAUCUUUUUCAAUCUUCCAACACAAAAUAAUUCAAAGGGGAGCUUCUAUAGAUUAAGCAAAAAAUGAUAGCUGAUAGCAUUUCCAAUUCUAUUAUUUAAACUGUUGUAUUUAAAUAAAAAAAACUCAAUUUAAAUAAGGAAAAGAAUGAUAUAAAAGCAUUUUAUUAAGAUGAAUACUCCCCUAAUUUAUGGAAAAUGGUUUUUAAAUUAUUUAUUUAUAUUAGGUUUUAGAAAAUGUAAAUAGAGACAUAAGGAUAAGAGUUGAAAAAUAGGAUAAUGAAGAGUUCUGGACUAUUUGA